AUGACUGAGCCAGAGGACCUCGAAGAGGAUCUCUUCGCUGACCUGUAUGACGCCGAUGAGACCCCGGCAACAUCAUCUGCGCCUCCCGCCGCCACGGCACAAACACCGUCCCAGCCUCCUCCUACCACCAAGACAGAGAUAGCAGAAACACCCAGUUCUACACAGCCUGCCCCGACUCAGCAGCAGCAGCCUGCUCAAGAGCAGAAACCAGAGCCACCAUCAGCCCAGAAUGGUGCCCAGGGUACACCUACAGCUGCGGACACUAGCAGUGGCGGACAAGCUUCAAAUGAGCCUGAAAGCCAAGGGACAGGUAUAAAAGAAGACGGUCCAAUUUUCCAGGGUGGACAAUAUUUUAUCUAUAUGAUUCUCCUCCCUUUAUCCGGAAGAAAGGUCGAUAAAUAUCCUCAGUGA